GGCGUGUAUGAACAGAACAGAACAGAGUUUCUUUGUCAAGUUGCGAACAAGACUCUAAACUGUUUGUCCCUUCAAAGCAAGAUCCGAAAGAUCAACGACCACCAUCAUCGUCACAAAAAAUGUUUGAUCCUUCUUCAAAAUCGUUCAAUACCCAUUUGAUAUUCCCCAGAGCCUUCGAUGAUCAUCCAGAUUCCGGCGUCUGCUCGCCUCCUCUGUGGAGAACCAGCCCACCCAAGAGCCCUCAAGCCAAUCACCAGAACCUCUCUCCUGUUUCCAAGGCUCAGGUCAUCGCUCGUGGUCAACGAGAGCUUAUGGAGAUGGUUAGCAAGAUGCCCGAGUCGUGCUACGAGCUCUCCUUGAAGGAUCUCGUUGAGGUGAAAACAGAGGAAGAGGAGAAAGAUCCGAAAAUGUUCGAUGAAAUGCCUCAGAGGAGAAAGAUGCAGAGCAAAGUCGUGAGGAAGUCAAAGAGCGACAGAUGGGUCGAUCCGGUGAGAAACAGGGGAGUGAAUAACAGUGGGUUUCUUCUGAAUUUAGGGUUUCCUGUUAGCUUGGGCGCCAAGAAAAAGACCAAGAAGAAGGAUGAAGAUGAUGGUUCUGUGACAAGCAGAGGCUCUCCCAGGCCUUCCAUCUCAGAGGAUAAAGAUUGGUGGAAGUCAGAAUCGAGUAGGAGUCAGAGAGAAGUCUCGAGGAUCAACAGUGGGGGCUCAAAGAGCAGUGCUGGUAGUAGUAGCAGAAGCAAUAGCUAUCGAAGCAGAAGCAAUAGGGAUCGAAGCAGAAGCAGUCUAAGGGAUAAAAACAAAGGAUGCUUAUCUUUCCUCUGGAAUGUAAAUCUACGAGAUUGAAACGAAAUGUUCUUCUUGGUUUAUACACUUCUUUGACCAAGAAGAUUACUGAUUUUUUUUAACCUGAGCUGGAUUUAGUGCGUUCUGUAAAUCCAUGGACGAAGGAAUCCAGGAAUGGUGAAGUUGGAAGCAGAGGACAUGAACAUCUUCUUCAAUGUACAACCAAAUAUUCUAUCCCUUUGUUCUUCUUAUAGUUCUAUAUACACUGAAUUUUCUUUAUAAGCAUAUGUAAUGCAUGCAUAGAGCAUAUGAUGAUGAUCUUUAUAAUAUGUAGAUUGGUACUCUAGCUUUUGCUAACCGAUAAAAGUGUACCAAUGCUCAUCUGUAUAUAUCAAAACUUUACGGUU